GCCUUCGCCUCCGCCUCCUGCGGGAGGAGGGGGGGUCGAGGGAGGGGACUGUUGCUGAUCUCUAGAUGUUCUGGGUAGUCUGAGGAGCGGAGAGAGAGUAUGAGGCGAGCCGUGGCCCGGGUGCCGCUGGGCUCCGGGGGAGAAGGCGCGGCCGUGGCCGCCGCCAUCUAAGUCGCGGCGCCAGCGAGGCCCGGCGCGCGCAUGGUGCUGGUGCCGCUUGGGUGUUGAUCGGCCUGUCCCCUCCCUCUUUCCCCCUCCCCACCCCCCGCGGUGGUCUCCCCUUCCCACCCCAGCCCCAGCAGAGCCAUGUCUCGGAGUGGCUCCAGCCCGCACCUGUUGUGGGACGUGAGGAAAAGGUCCCUUGGGCUGGAAGACCCGUCCCGGCUGAGGAGCCGCUACCUGGGAAGAAGAGAAUUUAUCCAAAGAUUAAAACUUGAAGCAACCUUAAAUGUGCAUGAUGGCUGUGUUAAUACAAUCUGUUGGAAUGACACUGGAGAAUAUAUUUUAUCUGGCUCUGAUGAUACCAAACUUGUUAUUAGUAAUCCAUACAGCAGAAAGGUUUUGACAACGAUCCGUUCAGGGCAUCGAGCAAAUAUAUUUAGUGCAAAGUUUUUGCCGUGCACAGAUGAUAAGCAGAUUGUGUCUUGCUCUGGAGACGGAGUCAUAUUCUAUACUAAUAUCGAGCAAGACGCGGAAACCAACAGACAGUGCCAAUUUACGUGCCAUUAUGGAACUACUUAUGAGAUUAUGACUGUCCCAAAUGACCCUUACACCUUCCUGUCCUGUGGUGAAGAUGGAACCGUUCGGUGGUUUGACACACGCAUCAAAACUAGCUGUACGAAAGAAGACUGCAAAGAUGAUAUUUUAAUCAAUUGCCGGCGUGCUGCCACGUCUGUGGCUAUUUGUCCCCCAGUGCCGUAUUACCUUGCUGUGGGUUGUUCUGAUAGCUCAGUACGGAUUUAUGACCGGCGGAUGCUGGGCACAAGAGCUACAGGGAAUUAUGCAGGCCGAGGAACUACUGGAAUGGUUGCUCGAUUUAUCCCUUCUCAUCUUAGUAAUAAAUCCUGCAGAGUGACUUCUCUGUGUUACAGUGAAGAUGGCCAAGAGAUUCUUGUUAGUUAUUCUUCAGAUUACAUCUAUCUGUUUGACCCCAAAGACGACACAGCACGAGAACUUAAAACUCCUGCAGAGGAGAGGCGAGAAGAGUUACGACAGCCUCCGGUUAAACGCUUGAGACUUCGUGGUGAUUGGUCAGACACUGGUCCCAGAGCAAGGCCAGAGAGUGAACGAGAACGAGAUGGAGAGCAAAGUCCCAAUGUGUCGCUGAUGCAGAGAAUGUCUGAUAUGUUGUCAAGGUGGUUUGAAGAAGCAAGUGAAGUUGCACAAAGCAAUAGAGGAAGGGGAAGACCUCGGCCCAGAGGUGGAACAAAUCAGUCAGAUGUUUCAACUCUUCCUACGGUUCCAUCAAAUCCUAAUUUGGAAGUGGGUGAAACUGCAAUGGAUGUAGAUGCCCCUGCUGAGCAACUUCAACCUUCUACAUCCUCUCCAGUGUCAGUUCCGGCUCAAGCAGCAGCAUCUGCCAUAGAAAGCCCUCAUUCUGCUUCUCUGCUGCCUUCUCCAGACAGUGAACAGAGGCAUUCUGUUGAGGCGUCUGGACACCAUACACAUCAGCAGUCUGAUUCUCCUUCUUCUGUGGUUAACAAACAGCUCGGAUCCAUGUCACUUGAUGAGCAACAGGAUAACAGUAAUGAAAGGCUGAGCCCCAAGCCAGGCACAGGUGAACCAGUUUUAAGUCUGCACUACAGCACAGAAGGAACAACUACAAGCACAAUAAAACUGAACUUUACAGACGAAUGGAGCAGUACAACCUCAAGUUCCAGAGGAAACGGGAGCCACUGCAAAUCUGAGGGUCAGGAGGAAUCCUUGGUCCCACAGACCUCUGUGCAAGCACCUGAAGGAGACAGUGAAACAAGAGCUCCUGAAGACCUAUCAGAGAAAGGAACAUUUUCAGAAAACCUCACUCAAAACCAGAUAGAUAUAGCACAAUCUGAUAACUUCACAGCUGAGCCAUUGGAUCCUAACUCAGGAGAAAGGAGUAACCCAAGUCCUGACGGCCCUGGUGGGGCUCCAGAAGAAGGCACUUUGUCUGAAACAGGCAAGGGGGCUUCUGAGCAGCCUGGCACUGAGAGUGCCACCUGUCAGGGUAGUACCGGUCCUGAACCCCCAUCCCAAACAGAAGCCAUCGGGCCUUCAGCUCAUGAAGACACAUCAACCAGGGACUCUGCUCUCCAGGACACAGAUGACAGUGAUGAUGACCCAGUCCUGAUCCCCGGUGCAAGAUACCGAGCGGGACCUGGUGAUAGACGCUCUGCUGUCGCUCGCAUUCAGGAGUUCUUCAGGAGGAGAAAAGAAAGGAAAGAAAUGGAAGAAUUGGAUACUUUGAACAUCAGGAGGCCACUAGUAAAGAUGGUUUAUAAGGGCCAUCGCAACUCCCGGACAAUGAUAAAAGAAGCCAAUUUCUGGGGUGCUAACUUUGUAAUGAGUGGUUCUGAUUGUGGCCACAUCUUCAUCUGGGAUCGGCACACUGCUGAGCACUUGAUGCUUCUGGAAGCUGAUAAUCAUGUGGUCAACUGUCUGCAGCCUCAUCCAUUUGACCCAAUUCUAGCCUCAUCUGGCAUAGACUAUGACAUCAAGAUCUGGUCGCCACUAGAAGAGUCGAGGAUUUUUAAUCGAAAACUUGCUGAUGAAGUUAUAACUCGAAAUGAACUCAUGCUGGAAGAGACUAGAAAUACCAUUACCGUUCCAGCCUCUUUCAUGUUAAGAAUGUUGGCGUCACUGAACCAUAUCCGAGCUGACCGUUUGGAGGGCGACAGAUCUGAAGGUUCAGGUCAGGAGAAUGAAAAUGAGGAUGAAGAAUAGACAACUCUUCGCAAGCACUUAGAUGUUCUGAAAUUUGUAUACGACAUUUAUUAUAUUUUUUCUUUACAGAACUUUAGUGCAAUUUAAGGCUAUGGUUUUUCGGAGUUCUUCCCCAUUUUUUGGGAUAACCAAACAUUGAGUUGGAAUGAGUGUGUGCAUGAGUUGGGAGAGUGUGUAAAACAAAACAAGCAAAAUGUUUUUGAAACUUUUUGCCAUGUAUGGAGUGCUAGAAAAUGCAAAGUGCAAUACUUCCCUCACCCUCAGAUGUGGGAGCUUGGAUCGAUGUUGAAAAGUCAUUUUCAUUGUAGUGAAAAUGUUGGUUCAAAUAAAUUUCUACACUUGCCAUUUGCAUGUUUGUUACUUUCUAAUUAAAGAAGGUGGUUGUUUUAAGAUCUUAAA